AUGGCUGCAGAACAAGAUGUCGAAGUAGAAGAUGAGUUGGCAAAAGCCCAAAGACGUUUACGUGAACUAAAGACUAAGAUUUCAACACAAUCCAAGAAGAAUUUUAUGCGAGAAAGAGAUGUGCGAUUUCUUGACGCUCGGAUCGGCUUAUUAAUUCAAAACAGAAUGGCAUUGGAUGAACAACACGAAGUAGCUUCUCGUUUAGAAGAUCACGAUGAUGAUGAAGUUGAUCAUUACCCUGAUGAUCGCCGUAUGCAACAGUAUGGAAAUCUAUUUUAUUUGUUACAAAGCGAACCACGUCAUAUUGCGAUAUUAUGUCGAUUAGUUAGUUUAGCAGAAAUUGAUACGUUAUUACAAACAGUCAUGUUUACACUAUAUGGUAAUCAAUAUGAAAGCCGUGAAGAACACUUACUUUUAACAAUGUUUCAGAACGUACUAGCUGCCCAGUUCGAAACCACCACAGAGUUCAGUUCACUUUUACGUGCUAAUACACCCGUUUCACGAAUGAUGACAACAUAUACUCGUCGUGGUCCCGGUCAAUCCUAUCUCAAGUCUGUUUUAUCCGAGAAAAUCAAUAAUUUAUUAGAGCACAAAGAUUUAAAUCUUCAAAUCAAUCCAUUGAAAGUAUAUGACGAACUUGUGGAAAAAAUGGAAAUGGAACAGGGUGGACUACCUGAUGGAUUUCCAAGGGGUGUUACAGCAGAAGUCGCACAAUCAAAUCCCACUAUACAAGCUAUAAUUCGCCCCAGACUUAAAACGUUAAUGGAUAUUGCAAAUUCAUUUCUAUCAACAAUCAUCAAUUCACUGGAUCAAGUACCUUAUGGUAUUCGUUGGAUUUGUAAACAGAUUCGCUCUCUGACAAAGAGAAAAUACCCUGAUGCCACUGAUCAUGCUAUUUCGUCCUUGAUUGGUGGAUUUUUCUUUUUAAGGUUUGUGAAUCCUGCUAUUGUUACCCCACAGGCUUACAUGCUUGUGGAUGGUAUUCCAGGAAAUAAUUCACGUACGACAUUAACUCUGUUGGCAAAAAUGCUUCAGAAUUUAGCAAACAAACCAUCUUAUGCCAAAGAAACAUACAUGAUCCCAACAAACCCAUUCGUAGAACACAAUAAACAACGUACAAAUAAAUUUUUGAACGACCUUUGUGAAGUAGUCGAUUUUUAUGAACAACUGGAAAUGGAUCAGUAUAUGGCUCUCAGUAAGAAGGAUAUCAUGAUCAAUAUAACACCGAAUGAAAUUUACAGUACUUUAUCAUUAUUACAACAACACAUUAAUAUUAUUGCACCACAAGAGACCGAUCAUUUGCGUAUACUUGUAGGCGAAGUAGGUCCUGCUCCCGCACAAGUGCCACGAAAAGAAAAUAAAGCAAUUGAAUUGCCUUUAUUUAGUCGAUGGGAAAUGCCUAUUCAAGAUCUAACUAUGUCCCUCAUGUCUGAAAAUAACAUUACUCAAUAUGAUAUUUUGUACAUGGAAGCCAAAUCUAUUUUCGUUCAGAUCAUCCGUUCCCUGCCAUACCUUGGCCGACCCCCAUUAAAGCUACAUUAUAUUGCGGAAACAGCCGGCACAGGGAAGGAUGCUCAACUUGUUCAUAAGGGUAUCAAAGUAAAGGAAAUGAUUAGGGAACUAGAAGAGGCCGGUGUGAUUGAUAAGCGUGAUAAUCAUCAGUUUUUGGCGGAGGAAAUCAGCAACGAGCUUGUUCAUUUAGGUGAUUUGAAACUCAAAGUCAUGGAGGAAUUGGACUCGCUUGAAAGCGUUUUCAAGACCAUUCUCGAUCACAACAAUUAUCUCAAGAGCCAGUUGGAAAGUUAUAAAGCCUACCUUCAAAAUGUCAGAAUGCAAAGUGGUAUUGGGGCUGGAUCUUCUGCAUCUAAAAAGCAGGUAGUUGGUAUUGGAGUAGAAGUUGUAGAUACCAGACCAGGUAAAAGGGCAAUCAAGGCUCCUGUUGUACAAGGUCCUUUUAAAUUCACACAUCAACAACUGGAGAAAGAUGGAAUUAUUGUCGAGACAGAAGUGCCUGAGGUUAGACGACAGAAUAUAUUUUUAACAGUCUCUUCUCCUAUUCCUGGUACUUUCAUCAUUUCACUCCACUAUAAAGGUCGUGAUAAGCCCGUUUUGGAAAUCGAUUUAAAGUUGGAUGAUUUAUUGGAAAAGCAACAGGAUGGCGUUACAAUGCUAGAUCUGGAGUAUAUCAAGCUCAGCGUAUCAAAAACUUUACAAUUAUUGACUAAAACUUUCAUGUCAAGAAACAGAACUGGCUUCUUUUCUUAA